GGACAAGCUACAGGUGCUAACAGCCGCUAGCUUCUCUCUGUGGACUUCAAAACCUGAGCCUGAAGUUAACCUGGACUAAGGUAACAGGGCCUAUAGUAACCCGGACUAAACACUGGCCCUGGUCAGAGGUGAAGGUCGAAGCUUUAUCGGUCACAGGCUCUGCGAGCAUCUGCAGGCUUCACAUGUCAAGGUCAAAGGUCAGUCCCCUGAUGAACGGCAGCUGUUUGGAUCCAGUUUGACCUCUGACCUGCUGCUGGAUCAUGACUCAGGUAGAUCUUGAUCUGAACUGGAACCAGCAGACGCAAUCAUGUCGGCCUUAGAUCCUCCAGCUGUAGGUGAACCUGGUCCCGACUCCUCCGGUCCUGGUUCUCCUGGUUCUCCUGGGCGGCCCGUCCUGGCAGAGAAGGCCCUGUCGGACUCCUUCUCUCGGCUGAGGUACCGGGACACGUCCCUGAUGAUCUGGCAGCAGCAGCAGCAGGAGUUGGCUCCUCCCUCCACCUACCUGAGCCGCAGCCAGUCCACCAUGUACAGCAGCUACGGGAACCAGGCCGUGCUGGUCCGGGACAAGAAGGUCCUGGAGGACGGCGAGGGACGGUCCAGGAUCUGCAGCCUCAUGUAGAAGAACACGGACUCAACUCAUCCUUUUUAUUUUACACGUUCUUUCUUCAGGAACUUUUCUGAACUUCUGGAACACGUUUAAACUUUUAGAGGAAUAAGUUCCAGUUCAUACUCGUGAUAUUUGAGAUGCCAGGACGUCUAAGAUGAACUUUGAUCUGGUGUCCAAUAAUCAAUUAGAACCAUCAGUCAGCUGACACAGGCUCCGCCCACACAACACAUGACUAUUCUUAUACACAUGAACACGCAUGUGCUCAUGUGUAUAAGAAUAGUCAUGUGAUGGGUUAACUCUGACCUCAUCAGUAAAAU